AUGACUUCCACGCGGAGCCGCGACGAGAGCGAUGUGGAACUCCCGCUUCUUCGCUCCGGCCAUGGUAUAGAUGGUGAUGAUGCGUCAAAUCUCCACCUUCUGGAUGCCUCUCGCGAGGAGUCUGUCCAAGUUUCUGGCAGGAGCGGUUUGGCAGCGGGUAUAGCCAACAUGUCGAACAGCAUCAUCGGCGCCGGUAUAAUUGGGUUGCCCCUAGCUAUUGCCGAGGCAGGCUUCUUUACGGGCAUAUUUUUGCUCGUUGUGCUUUGUGGAGUUACGGAUUGGACAAUACGCCUGAUUGUCAUCAAUUCAAAGUUGUCCGGCACAUCAUCCUACAUGGGGAUCAUGGAAUACUGCUUCGGUCGCCCGGGUCAAAUCGCGGUGUCAACCUUUCAAUUCGUAUUCGCCUGUGGAGGAAUGGCAGCCUGCGCCUAUCUAACGAAGGCGACAUCCUCCACAGGUGAUACUAUUCCACACGUGCUAGCUUCGCUCCUGCCUCAGCCUGUGCGAGAGACUGCUCUCGGUGCCAUGCUCGUUAAUCGACAGUUCAUCAUCGCACUGGCGAUCGGUGGUGUAGCCUACCCUCUUUCGCUAUAUCGGGAUAUCAGUAAAUUAGCAAAGGCUUCCAGUUUAGCUGUCUUGUCAAUGCUUGUCAUCGUUUUGUCCGUCGUCAUCAGGGGCCCUCAAGUGGACCCUGAACUGAAAGGCUCCCGAGCACACGUCUUCACAGUGAUUGGCCCCAAAGUGUUCGAGGCCAUCGGUGUUAUCAGCUUUGCGUAUGUAUGUCAUCACAAUUCUAUGCUGAUUUAUGGAAGCCUCGAGAGACCUACGCUGGAUCGGUUCUCUGCCGUCACACAUAUCUCCACGUUGACGAGCUUGAUUUGUUGUCUGAUCCUAUCAAUCUCGGGAUACGUGGUCUUCACGGAUAAAACACAGGGCAACAUAUUGAAUUGCUUCGAUGAGGAUGAUGCCGUCAUCAACAUCGCUCGACUGUGCUUUGGGUUGAACAUGUUCACGACUCUUCCGCUCGAAGUCUUUGUCUGUAGAGAGGUCAUUGAGAACCUUCUGGAAAGGCCGUUCAAUUACACACGUCACUGGUUGGUGACAACCGGUCUGGUCUUCUCAGCAAUGCUUGUCUCUAUGACAACGUGCGAUCUUGGCAUCGUGCUGGAGUUGACCGGUGGCCUAAGCGCCACGGCCUUAGCCUUCCUGUUCCCGGCUGCGUGUUACUAUUGCUUGUUGAGCGAACCGUGGUACGGGCGAAGAAAGCUGUGUGCAGCUGCAUGCACCAUUUUCGGCAUCGUAGUGAUGGUACUCAGUGUGUUUCUUGCGUUACAAAAGUUGUAUACCGGAGCCGAAACUGCCAACAAGGCUUGCUCAUAG